AUGGCGCCCCCAAACACGCCCUUUAUAUACCGUCUCUGGCACCUUUAUCUCGAACCCUUCUUCGCCCUCGGCGGCGUCUACCACCUCCACUGGGCACCAGCGCAGUACUUCACCUUCAUGCCGUCGACGUCGGCCUACCACCCCGAUUCACAAAUCGCCUACGACCAACUCGCAUCGGCAUACCUCUUCUUUGCUUUCACAGAGGGCGUUUUCCUACCGUAUACUGUCGAUUUCCACGAGUCCAAGUCCAACUCCAACUCCAACGCCCCAAGCCCACCACAACCAGCUCCCCCAAAGCUGAACGAGACCGCCCGCGAGCCCUCCUCCACUAGUGCAGGCAGUGCACGACCAGCUACCAAAAAUGCAGAUGAUGAGCAGCCCCAGAGCCUCCUUAAGCGCGCGCCGCCGACGCAUAUCCAACUGCCCAAGACGCCUAUGAGAAUGACCGAGCAUGAAGACUUCUUCACCCCUGGCCUGCCCAGUGCAGCCACGCACUUUCCCAAGCCAGCAGACCCCCGGGGCCUGGUACGUAGCGAUGCCCAUGUCCCUGAAUGGGGUACCACCGGCCGGUUCUUCAACCAGCCCAUGUCGAGGGCCGAGCCAGCACCACCCGACACGAUUCUGGAAUACGCCAAGGCACAGGAGCGGGCGCAAGCCCAGAAGGAGCGCAUGAAGGGCUCUCAUGCCGGCAAGCCUACAACAGACCCGCGAUGGGCCACCGAGUACACCGUUGUGCCUGCUGUCCAGGGCAACGGCGGGCUUACCAACGCUCUACGCUGUGCAGUUGACAACAAGUGCAUUAGCGACACUAUAAGCGUGGGCUUGAUUGGCUUCCCUACCGACAGCUUGAACGAGGAGAAGAAGACGGAGAUUUACGAGAAACUUGAGGAAGAGCAUGACGCUCUCACCGUCUUCGUCAGCGACAAGGACUUUGACGGCCACUACGCCCACUACUGCAAGACCAUCCUAUGGCCAGUCUUCCACUACAUUAUCCCCGAUCACCCCAAGAGCAAGGCCUUCCUUGAUCACUCAUGGGUAUUCUAUGUCAAGGUCAACCAGGCCUUUGCGGAUAAGGUUGUCAAAAACUACAAGCGCGGGGAUGUCAUCUGGAUUCACGACUACCACCUGUGUCUUGUUCCUCAAAUGAUCCGCCAGAAGCUCCCAGAUGCACAGAUUGGCUUCUUCCUCCACACUGCCUUCCCAUCGUCCGAGGUAUUCCGCUGCUUAGCUGCGCGCAAGGAGCUGCUUGACGGCAUGCUCGGAGCGAACCUAGUCGCAUUUCAGACACCGGAGUAUGCCCACCAUUUCCUGCAGACAUGCAGCAGGAUUCUCUCAGUCGAGGCUACCGAAGACGGAGUCCAGCUAGAAAACCGUUUUGUCAACGUACACUCAUCGCCCAUUGGUAUUGACCCUCGCGCUCUCGCCCUGGCACGUGAAGAACCCGAAGUUCUAGAGUGGAUCACGACCAUGCAGAAGCGAUACGAGGGCAAAAAGGUUAUUGUCGCUCGUGACAAGCUCGACAACAUUCGUGGUGUCCGACAGAAGCUGUUGGCCUUCGAGCUGUUUUUGAACAAGAACCCAGAGUGGAGGGACAAGGUUGUCAUGAUCCAAGUCGCCACAUCCACCACCGAGGACACCGAGCUCGCUGCAACCGUUUCCGAGAUUGUCACUCGUAUCGAUGCAGUUCACUCGACCUUGACUCACAACCCUCUCAUCUUCCUAAGGCAAGACAUUGCUUUCUCGCAGUAUCUCGCGCUUCUCUCCAUCGCCGACGCACUCGCAAUCACAAGUCUUCGCGAAGGCAUGAACCUCACUUGCCACGAGUUUGUCAUCUGCCAGGACGGCCGUGCGAGCGAAAAGAAGCACAGUCCUGUCAUUCUCAGUGAGUUUACCGGAAGUGCCUCGGUCUUUGAAGGAGCCGAUCUAGCCGUAAAUCCAUGGGACUACAACAGCAUCGCAGAAGCAUUCCGGGUCGCUUUGGAGAUGACCGACUCUGAGAAGGAACGGAGAUAUACCAAGUUGCGCGACACGGUUAUGCACCAAACCGGCGAUUUCUGGGUCAAAAACCUGAGUACCUAUCUAGCCAAGGUCCACGACGAACAGUUCAAGCGCGAUACCAUGUCCAUUCCCCGUCUUUCUUCCAGCAACCUUGCCCGUACCUACCAGGAAUCUCAACGACGACUCUUUGUACUUGAUUACGAAGGUACACUCGCAUCUUACGGAUCUGUUAACAACACCAUCUUGGCAAGCACUGAGCGUGUCAUCGUCGUUCUCAACGACCUUGUUUCUGAUGAGAAGAACGUUGUCUACGUUAUGACUGGUCGGACUGUUCGAGAGACCGAGCUCAUCUUUAACCGCGUACGAGGUCUCGGUCUCAUCGCGGAGAAUGGUUGCUUCUUACGCGAGCCCACCGCGAGUGAAUGGAUUCAAUUCCCCGAAGAAGAGAAGACUGUGAAGUGGAAAGACUCAGUCAAGCCUAUCUUGCAGUACUAUCUCGAGCGUGUGGAAGGUAGUUGGGUUGAGGAGCGCCACUGCUCUAUCAUCUUCCACUACAACAAACCCAGCGACAAGGACGACUCUGCAAGCCGACAUGCCGGUGACUGCGCGAACCACAUUAACGAUGCGUGUGAGCAGCAACGCAUAAAGGCGGUUCCCACCAAGGACUCGGUUGUCAUCGAGCCCAUUGACUUUGACAAGGCCUCUGCUUCGCAGUAUAUCUUCAGCAAAUACCCAGAGACGGCUCGACCCGACUUUGUGUUUGCAGCUGGCAACGACCGAAGUGAUGAGGGUGUCUUCCGAUGGGCGGAGAAGUUGAAGGAGGAUUGGAAAGUUCCCAAUGUCCAGACUGUUACCGUGGGUGAUCGCAACUCGAUUGCCAUGUCGACAUUGCCCAACGGCGCAACUGGUCUGCUUGGUGCUCUGAGCAAGCUCUCCAAGAACCCCGCUCGCCUUGAGAUGAUUGAAUCUUUUCUACACUCAACACGGAACCUAGAGUCUUCUUAUCAGUCCCGCUCCAAGUGUACACAAUUCUGCUGCCCAGAUAUCGUGAAUUAUAACACGAAUGGGGACAACAUCUAG